AUGGCGCUUCUGCUGAAGCUAGUCUACGCGUUCGGCCUAUACGUUGCAGUGGCUUCAGUCUACUCAUUUUGUCGUCUUAUCCAAAAUUAUCGCAUCGCUCGCAGGGUUGGAGUUCCCAUACGCUUCGUUCCCAUAGAUCAUAAUAACCGACUCUGGCUGGUUGUCGAUAGAAAGGUGGCGUGGCUCCUCAGACGUUGGUUGCCAUUUGGCCUCGGCGAUAAUAACCUCACUAGAUUCGACUGGAGAGGAUGGGAAUUCGAGGACAAGUACAAGGAGCACCUCUUGCUAGGGGACGCGUUCAUGCACGUGUCGCCUGACAAAAACUGGCUCUAUGUCUGCAACCCAGAUAGCGUUCUCGAUAUUCUGCGUCGUGGUCGAGACUUUCCACGUCCUAUGGAAAUUUACGGUGAGUAGAACAUGGCUGGAGAACAUAGGAUGGAGCUGACAGAAACAGAACUAUUGAAUUUCUUUGGCCCCAAUCUAGCUACGGUGAGCUUGCUCCUUUUUCAUUCUUCAUUUUUCGUUGCUCCUACUGACAGGCGUGUUUCCUGUAGGUCGAGGGCCAACAAUGGAAAACCCAGCGGAGAAUGGCCAUGUCUUAUUUCAACGAAGCUAACAACGAGAUGGUUUGGCAUGAGACAGUAUCGCUGGCAAGCGAUGCGCUCCAUGCAUGGGUGUCUAAGCCUUUUGUCACGUCCACGGCCGACGAUACUCGUACUAUUACACUGCACGUGCUUUCAAAAGCCGCGCAUGGGAAAUCCAACAAGUUCUCCAGUCGGGAUGAUCAAGAAGACGUUAACCCCGAAACUAAUUACAAGGAAGCUCUACGCAUUGUCCUAGACAAUACAAUGUUGAUUGCAGCGCUAGGCAGGAAAUUCCUGGCCAAAAAUUGGUUGCCCAGGGCUCUCAAGAAGGUCAACACAGCUUGCGAAGCUUUCCAGAGACAUCUUACUGAAGCUUAUGAGGAUGAGAAACAAGCACUGAUCUGCGGACGAUCAUCUUCCAAGUCCACCUAUAUGGCGUCCCUCAUCCGUGCAUCCCAGGACGAGGCAACUGGUUCAACGGGAGGCCUUACAGAAGAUGAAAUAUAUGGCAACAUGUACAUCUUCAGCUUUGCCGGUCACGACUCGACUACACAUACCCUCACAUUUGCCUUGAUGUUGAUGGCGGUAAACCCCGACGUCCAAGACUGGAUCUCCGCUGAGGUCCAACACGUCUUUGGUGAUCAGGAUCCCAGUAACUGGAAUUACGGGACGGGAUUCCCUCGACUCCAUCGUUGCAUGGCAACGUUGCUAGAAACUGCUCGCUUGUUCACCCCCGUACCCAUCGUCAAAUCCACUGGGAAACAGGCAACGUCGCUCAAGGUCGGAGACAAGAUUAUAGCAGUUCCCGCUGACACCCACGUCAUCCUCAAUUAUGCUGCUUUACACACUCUACCCAGGAUUUGGGGUGAGGACUCGCUAGCUUGGCGGCCGGCACGAUGGAUCCAAGGCAGUCCCAACGGCGAGUUUGACAUGGAGCAAGUGGUCUGGCCACAGCGCGGGGCCUUCAUUGCCUGGUCCGAGGGCCAGCGUUCUUGCCCUGGCAGGAAAUUUUCACAGGUUGAGUUUGUUGGCACGAUGGCUGCAUUGUUCAAGGACUGGCGCGUUGAACCUCUUACCAUGGCUGGGGAAAGCAUUGAGGCUGCUAGGCAGCGACUCAUGCAUCAAAUCUCCACGGAUUCAGCGCAGAUUCUACUCCUACAAAUGCUACAUCCUGAGAAGGCACCCUUGGUAUGGAAAAAAAGGGACGCUGGUAAGUAG